UUGUAUUUGUUUCUGAAGCAUAUUGACUUUUCAUUAAUCUUAUACACUUUUUUUUGCAACACGUUGCAGUGUAUAAUUACUUAUACAACUGUAUGUUUAGAAAAGUGCGAAAUUUAUAGUGACAGUUUUAUGUUUCCCUUGCUAGCAUGGAAGUAAUCAUGAAUGGUGAUCACAAAUCUCCUAAUCAUAAGCUUGAUUUAAUUACAAGGAAUUUGCAGGAAGUCCUUGGAGAAGAAAAGCUAGUUGAAAUUUUAAAGGAACGAGAUGUAAAAAUAUACUGGGGUACAGCCACGACUGGGAAGCCACAUGUUGCGUAUUUUGUUCCCAUGUCUAAAAUUGCUGAUUUCCUAGAAGCUGGUUGUGAGGUGACAAUUUUGUUUGCCGAUCUUCAUGCUUAUUUAGAUAAUAUGAAAGCUCCUUGGGAACUCCUGGAUCUCAGAGAAAAGUAUUAUGAAGCUGUUAUAAAAGCUAUGUUAGAAUCAAUUGGAGUGCCUUUAGAAAAACUGAAAUUUGUUAAGGGUUCUGAUUAUCAGCUUAGUAGGGAAUAUACAUUAGAUGCAUACAGAUUGGCAUCACUUGUAACAGAACAUGAUGCUAAAAAAGCUGGUGCUGAAGUUGUAAAACAAGUGGAACAUCCAUUUCUUAGCAGUCUUAUAUAUCCUGGACUUCAAGCUUUAGAUGAAGAAUAUUUGAAAGUAGAUGCUCAAUUUGGAGGAGUGGACCAAAGAAAAAUCUUUACAUUUUCUGAAAAGUAUCUUCCUCAACUUGGGUACUCAAAGCGCAUUCAUUUAAUGAAUCCCAUGGUUCCUGGUUUAACUGGUGGCAAAAUGAGUUCAUCACAAGAAGAUUCUAAAAUUGAUCUUCUGGAUAGUCCUGCCACAGUUAAAAAAAAGUUGAAGAAAGCAUUUUGUGAACCUGGUAAUUUGGAAGAUAAUGGUGUACUAGCUUUUGUUAAGCAUGUAUUACUACCUCUAUUUAGAAAUGAAGAUUUUAUUGUUAAAAGAAAUGCAGAAAAUGGGGGUGAUAUAAUAUACAAAGAAUAUUCUCAAAUAGAAGAAGAUUUCCGAAAUUUAAAAUUACAUCCUGGCGAUCUUAAAGCAUCUGUAGAAUCAUAUUUAAAUAGGUUACUUGAACCUAUUCGAAAAAAAUUUGAGAGUCCAGAAUUGCAGAAACUUUCUGCCAAAGCCUACCCACCGCUAAGUAAAAAAGGAAAAAUUGUCACUGAAGCUCCCAUAUCACCUGCAAGGUUGGACAUUCGAGUUGGGAAAAUUAUAGAAAUAAAUAAGCAUCCUGAUGCAGACAGCUUGUAUGUAUCCAAAGUUGACCUCGGGGAUGCUUCAGGUCCUAGAACUGUUGUGAGUGGAUUAGCAAAAAUUAUACCUCAGGAAGAAUUGGAGAAUAGGCUAGUUGUCGCUUUAUGUAACUUGAAACCUGCGAAAAUGCGGGGAGUUGAAUCCCAAGCUAUGUUACUUUGCGCUUCUAGAGAUGAACCAAAAGAAGUUGAACCUUUAAACCCACCUAAAGAUUGCAAACCAGGAGAUAGAGUAUUUGUUGAAGGUUAUGAAAACUCUGAACCAGAUGAACAGUUAAAUCCUAAAAAGAAAGUCUGGGAAACUUUACAACCUGACUUGAAAACAUCGAGCAGUUGUGUUGCAGAAUGGCAAGGAAAUCCUCUACUAGCACCUUCUGGAGUCAUUACUUGCAAUUCUAUGAAAGGAGCUCCAAUUAAAUAGUCUUUACAAGCUUUAGGGACUCAAUAAGCUUGCUUAUGUGAUAAUUUUCAAUAAACAAUGGAAUUGGCA